CCACCAUUUCUUCUACUUUCCCAAGCUCCUCUAUGGAUUCAACCACAUCCUCCUUCCAAUCGACCACUUCUCCAACUGAUUCCUCUUUGGAUUCAACUACUUCGCUUAGCUCCAGCACCAGUGAGGAAGCCACCAUGUCUUCAAUCUACUCCAGCUUUUCCACAGACUCUCCAACUUACUUUACCACAACAUCCUUGGAUUCCACCACUUCUCCAACUUACCUCCCCUCAACUACCACCACUGACGAUUCCACCUCCUCUACUUACUCAAGCUCUCCCACAGAAACCUCUUCAACUUACACCAGCUCCUCUCUGGAGCCCACCAUUUCUUCUACUUUUCCAAGCUCCUCCAUGGAUUCAACCUUCCAGUCGACCACCUCUCCAACUGAUUCCUCUGUGGAUUCAACUACCUCACCUAGCUCCAGCACCAGUGAGGAAACAACUACAUCUUCAGUCUACUCCAGCUCUUCCACAGACUCUCCAACUGACUCCAGCUCCUCUAUGGAAUCAACUACCUCUUCAAGGACGGACACAACCACUUCUUCAAGCUCUUCCACAUCAUCCUUGGAUUCGACCACUUCUCCAACUUACCUCACCUCAACUACCACUACUGAGGACUCCACCUCCUCUACUUACUCACACUCUUCCAUAGAAACCUCUUUAACUUCUACCAGCUCUUCUUCAGGCUACUCCUCAUCCAGCUCCUCUUUGGAGCCCAUCAGUUCUUCUACUAUCCCAAGCUCCUCUAUGGAUUCAACCAUGUCCUCCUUCCAAUCGACCACUUCUCCAACUGAUUCCUCUGUGGAUUCAAGUACUCCAGCUAGCUCCAGCACCAGUGAGGAAACCACCACGUCUUCAAUCUACCCCAGCUCUUCCACAGACUCUCCAACUUACAACACCUCCUCUAUGGAAUCGACCACCUCUUCAAGUACGGACACAACCUCUUCAGGCUACUCUUCAUCCAGCUCAUCUUUGGAGCCCACCAGUUCUACCUUGCCAAGCUCCUCUAUGGAUUCAACCACGCCCUACGUCCCCACAACCAGUUCUCACACUGAUUCCUCUGUGGAUUCAACUACUCCAACUAGCUCCAGCACAGUGAGGAAACAACCACCUCUUCUGUGGAUUCAACCACUUCCACUAGCUCCAGCACCAGUGAGAUAA